CUCAUCGCAUCAUAGCUGUCAACCCCAUCUUCCCACUUGUCUGUCCACCUAUUUAAUCCUAUUCUUUCCGGCCUCAUCAUUUGUACCCACAAAACUAAAUGGAAAAGAUUUUUCUACCCAGAAGUGAUCUGAUCGAGGGUAAUUGAACAUGGAAGCUGAUGAGAUCAAACAGAGUUUUAAACCCUCUUCUUCUGAUAACGAUGAUGAUAUUUCCAGGGAAAAGUGUAGUGGCAAGGAGAAGCACUACGUAGGGGUCCGGAAGCGGCCAUGGGGGAAGUACGCGGCGGAGAUAAGGGACACCACCAGGAACGGAGCUAGGGUUUGGCUGGGAACGUUUAGCAGUGCGGAGGAGGCGGCCUUGGCUUAUGAUCAGGCGGCGCUGUUGAUGCGUGGGCCCUCAUCUUGCCUCAACUUUCCGGUGGAGAGAGUCCGCGCCUCCAUUCAAGAACUCAAGCUGUACUGCGGCGGCGGCGAAGAAGGCGGCGGAGGGUCGUCGUCUCCGGCGGAGGCGUUGAAGGAGAAGCAUAAGAAGAGAUGUGGGAAAGGUAAAAGCGGGAAAGGAGUAGUUAAGCAAUCUUGUGCCGGCGGGAAUAAUGUAGUGUUUGUGUUUGAAGACUUGGGAUCUGAUCUCUUAGAUCAGCUCUUGUCUCAGACUUCUGCUUCUUCUUCACUCUGACACAGAUCAGACACUUCCAUUUCCAUUCAAUUCUCUUAGCUUCCUUCUUCUCAGAUCAGAAGAAAGAAGCUAAGAUUAAACUUCAAUUCUUCAUCUUUCUUAGUUGUUUAAUUUGUGACCCGUCUAAUAAGCUCUCUAAUUAUGCUAAAUUGUGUAAUCAGAUUCUUAAACUUUAAAUAUUUUUUAAUAAUGAAAAUGAAUUGAAAAAGAAAAAAUAAAUAAAUCAAAAUAGUAAUAUAAAAAAAAAAUGUGACGGGUAAAUAGUUAGGAAAAAUAGAUAAAAUGCGUUAAUUACUUGAUUUUGUUUUUCUUUUUUGAGUUAAGAAUCUUAUUAUAAUUUUUUAAAGUUUAAUGAUUUAAUUUCACAUUUUAAUAUAAUUAGAGAGCGUAUUUGACCUUUAUCGCUUAUUUUUUUUUUUUCACAUCCCUUUGUUUUGCCCGGCCUCAUUUCAGUUGAAACAUCUUCUUGAAGCAAUCUAUUGAUAUGGGGAUACUUUGCAGUUUGCUUAUAAUAAUAAUUGCAAAGUAAUACUCAUUCAAUCAACCAUCUGUAUAUGUAUACCGGUUUGAAUAGGAUUUGAUUUCCUUUAAACUAAG